GGCCCGCUGUUACCUCCCGGGGCCGCGCCCUCGCUGACCGGGGAACCGGCUCGGCCGGAGCCGGGGUUUGCUCCCAGCUGUGGGGAAGGGCGUCAGACCGCGGCGCGGCCAGCCUUGGGUUCGGGUUUACGACCUAGCAAGAAACCCAGAAAGAAGGCGCUGCAGAAAAAAAAUGAGUUUAUUUGAGAAUAGUGGGGAGUGGUCGUCCGGGGUCGGCAGGCUAGGGCGCCCCUAGGCGCACUCGGGAGGGGCGGGGAGGGAACCCGUGCAGACUGAGAGCAGAAAGCCGCUCCGAGACGAGGGUUAGAGGUCACCGCAGCUGGUUGCUGGAGUUGGCGUUUGUUCCUGGGCGAGACUCCCACUGCUAGAGAAUGGGACAUUAUAGAAACUGAAGAGCAUUAUAAGAGCCGAUGGAGAUCUAUUAGGAUUCUGUAUCUUACUAUGUUUCUCAGCAGUGUAGGGUUUUCAAUUGUGAUAAUGUCAAUAUGGCCAUAUCUCCAAAAGAUUGAUCAGACAGCUGAUGCAAGUUUUUUGGGCUGGGUUAUUGCUUCGUUUAGUAUUGGUCAAAUGGUAGCUUCACCUAUAUUUGGUUUAUGGUCUAACCAUAGACCACGGAAAGAACCUCUCGUCAUCUCCAUCUUUAUUUCAGUGGCAGCCAACUGCCUCUAUGCAUAUGUCCACGUUCCAGCUUCUCAUAAUAAAUACUACAUGUUGGCCGCUCGUGGAUUGGUGGGAUUUGGAGCAGGAAAUGUUGCAGUGGUUAGAUCGUAUAUUGCUGGUGCUACUUCCCUUCAGGAAAGAACAAGUUCUAUGGCCAAUACAAGCACGUGUCAAGCAUUAGGAUUUAUUCUAGGUCCAGUUUUUCAGACUUGUUUUGCUCUAAUUGGAGAAAAGGGCGUGACAUGGGAUAUGAUUAAGCUACAGAUAGACAUGUAUACAGCACCAGCUUUACUUAAUGCCUUCGUUGGAGUUUUAAACAUUAUUCUGAUCAUCACUGUGUUAAGAGAACAUCGAGUGGAUGACUCAGGACGACAAUGUAAAAAUAUUAAUUUUGAAGAAGCAAGAAUAGAUGAAGUUCAGGAUUCCCAAGGAAAUAUUGAUCAAGUUGCUGUUGUGGCUACCAAUGUUCUGUUUUUUGUGGUUUUAUUUAUAUUUGCCCUUUUUGAAACAAUCCUUGCUCCAUUGACAAUGGACAUGUAUGCUUGGACUCAAGAACAAGCUGUAUUGUAUAAUGGAAUAAUACUUGCUGCUCUUGGAGUUGAGGCAGUUGUUAUUUUCAUGGGGGUUAAAUUACUUUCCAAAAAGAUUGGUGAGCGAGCUAUUCUACUGGGAGGACUCAUCGUUGUGUGGGUUGGCUUCUUUAUCUUGUUACCUUGGGGAAGUCAGUUCCCCAAAAUACAGUGGGAAGAUUUACAUAAUAAUUCAAUCCCUGAUACCACAUUUGGGGAAAUUAUGAUUGGUUUUUGGAAGUCUGCAAGAGAAUAUCAUAAUGAACGGCCAGUUGGUUGCCCAGUUGAGCAAGCCUGGUGCCUCUACACCCCAGUGAUCCACCUGGCCCAGUUCUUCACAUCAGCUGUGCUGGUUGGAAUAGGCUAUCCAGCCUGUAAUGUUAUGUCUUAUACAUUAUAUUCAAAAAUUCUAGGACCAAAGCCUCAGGGAGUGUAUAUGGGCUGGCUGACAGCUUCUGGAAGUGGAGCCCGGAUUCUUGGGCCUGUGUUCAUCAGUCACGUGUAUACUUACUUGGGGCCACGAUGGGCGUUCAGCCUUGUGUGUGUGAUCAUCCUGCUCACCAUCACACUCCUCGGAGCGGUUUACAAGAGACUCAUUGCCUUUUCUGUAAGAUGUGGGAGGAUUCAGGAGUAAGGUAGCUAAGACUAUGGUGGAACAUACUUGAUUUGUGUGGCAUUUCAUAGUCGAAAGCUAUGCCCCACAAUUGCUACGAUCCAGUCACCAUAUACAGGCUGUGGAUACAUUGCACAUUUUGAAAAACAAGAACAUAUGUAAAUAACAGAGGGGAUUCUACAUGCGAUUGUGAAUAGUAGGACACAUAAAACAUUCUGGGUCAUAAUUUCCUAUAUUUUUCUUAUUAUGCCCUUUUGGGAUUUCAUGAACUAAACAGUGAGUGGCAGUGGUCUAUAGGUGUGAAAACUACACUCUUAGUACAGACUACAAAAGUGUCAUUAAAAUAAUGAGAGAAUAUGCAGUGGAACCAGGACAAGUUCUGUACCAAUUAGCUGUAUUAUAGAAUGAAAUUAUAGAAUUUUUUUUGCCUAAAGAGGUAUUUUAAUUCAAAGACAACUACUUUUUAUUUAUAAAAACACAUUUUGUGUUCUUACAUUUCCUUGCGAAGUAAAAAUCAUGACCCUUAAAUUCUCCAUUUAGCAUGCCUGCCAUCCUUCCUGUCUUAUAUAAAUCUUUAUUGUAAUACUGCAUCUCUGUCUUAUUUUAGUUCAGUAUUUCACUGAACCCUAAAUUGAUAUGUGAGCAAGAAAAAUGUUAAUAUUUGAAAAAUGAAGAGGUCAAAAUGGAUAUCUUGGCCUUUAGUGGAGUUACACUAUUUAAUUCUUGGAAGUGCUAAUAAUUCACUUUGUAUCCAUGUAUUCAACAGUACAUGAUUUCUUAAAAUUAUUGCUAUAUCCCAACUCCUUUAAGCUUUAGAGAAAAAUUCACUGUGAUUAAAUACUGCCCAUCUAAAUUACAAGAGGGAACACAACAGUCCCUUGUCUGCAGAGCUGUUAAAGAGCUAUAGAAUUUUAGUUGGAUUUUAAAUUUGGAUGGGAACUAACAGCCCUGUCAAUUCAGGUUAAUAAGCAUCUGAGCAGAAUGGCUUUCAUCGAACAGUUUAUUGGUACAUAGGAUGCUGGUAAGUUACUAGUACAGAACUGUACACGUGGUAAUAACAAAACUGCAAAAAUAGUGGUAAAUAUCCUUCCAAAAGUUUCCUAUUUUACGUUAUAAGCAUUUCGAAAUCUUAAGAAUAAAUACAUAAUCUGCACUUUACAGUAAGAAAUACUCCUCCACCCAAUUUCAUCAGCUCUAAUGGAAGGCUUAAUGUUCUCGAACUCACUGUACAGUUAUGUUUUAGAGGUUUUUCACUCUUCUCCACCUCUCUAGCAGGACUCUGCUUACAGGUCAUCAGCAAGCUUCUGGCAAUUUGGUGAAAUCCUGGAAUCACCUUUACCUUUCAUUCUGAAGCUUCUCAGUUUUUGUCUCACUUUUAAUCAUAAAGAGCAAACUCCACCCUUGGUUUGGGUAGUGUGUGCACGAUGGAUAAUAACAAUCAUGAUAAUAAUAAUGAAUAUUUAUGGAAUUCUUUCCAUAUUCCUGGUAACGUGUAAUUUAUCACAACUAUUCUAUAGGGUGAGGAUACUGUUAUUCCCAUUUUAGAGAUGGAAGAAUGAAGGCAUAGAGAAGUUACUUGUCUAGGUCUUUCGUCUAGUUCUUAACCACUAUAUUUUUCAUAAGGGAAAAUAACCAUGAAGUUGGAUUAUUAAUAGAUUACUAAUUGUGAGGUAAAUUAAGUUACCUGUACCAGUGACUUUUGUUAGCAGAAAUAUUUGGCAAACAAUUAACACCUCUCCCCCAGAAUUUUAUAAAACAUAGCAUGUUUUUAACAAGAAUAUGACAAGAAAAAUUCCCAGCUUCUAAAGUUAUUCUUUGAUUACAAUUCAGAUAAACUAUAACCUUGCAAAACUGACUGCCACCGUCUUUUUUAUUGACAGUGCUUUCUUGGUCUAACACCAAAGAUAGGGCAAUAACGGGUUUUGGGAAAGAACAGGGAAGUAGUUUGAGAAAUAAUUAAAUAACUUAGUUUAACUCUUCCAUUGGACAGAAUGAGUAUAAAUUAAAGAUGAUGUAGAGUCCUUAAAUUAUGAAAAACUAGGAGUGGUUUAACAUUGCCAGGCAUGGUGGCAUAUGCAUUUUAUAAUCCCAGCAACUUGGGAGGCCGAGGCAGGAGGAUUCAAAGUUUCAGGCCAACCUGGGCAAUUUGGCAAGAUCCUGUCUCAAAACAAAAAGUGCUAAGAAUGUGGCUCAGUGGCAGAGCACCCUGGGUUCAAUGCCCAGUACCAGGAAAAACCAAAAGAACAUAUUUAGAAAAAGAUAUUUUUGAAGACCUAAGCAUAUUUUGAGUGGAUUUAUAACUUCAUAAAAUAUUCUAUUUUGCUAAGCUUGUCUUGUAUUUUCUUACAUAAGGUGAAAUAAAGUUUAUAACUUUUUUUAUCUGGACAAGGAUAAACUAUUUGCAUCUGUUCAAGAAUUAAUUUAUUUUGAGAAGAAAUUCUGUGUACUAUUGUAGAUUCAUGUGUAAUUUUGUCUGUUGUACUGUGAAUGUUCACUUUCUAAUAAACAAAUUUAUGUACCUUA